UUUCUAAUGGCAGAGAAAUACAUUCAGAAAAUUAACUGUAAAGAUGAUUUAAAAGUAGACAUUAUGGUCAUAAAAGUGCAUUAAAAGUCAAGAAAACAAAUUGAGCAUCUAAGAGAAAGCUACAGUAGAGCGAUUAGCAUCCGUAAAAGGACAUCCUAGCAGUUCUGAUGUAUGGAUGUGAAUCUCGAAACAUAAAUAAUGUCAAAGAAUAUCACAGCAGCAGAGAUGUGGUUUUACAGAUUCAGAUUCAGAAAACUUUAUUUGUCCCUAGGGGGCCAAUAAAAAGGCACGUAGAGCAGGCAGUGCAACAAUAACGUGAGAAAUGGAGUAGAAAACGAAUUAAAGAUAGCUAACAUAAAUAAAACAAAUAGGGUGAUAUAUAUAUAUGUGUGUCUGUGUGUGUACACAAAUCAAAUGUAGAACAAGUAAGAUAAUAAGAAUAAAAAAUUAUAAUGAAAACAAAAAAACCCACACUGGACGGAAUAAGCAAUGAAGACAUUUUAAAGUUACUAAACACAAAUUAUACGCUAUUGAACUAAAUUAGGAAACGGCAAGGAACAUUUUUUCGACACAUCAUAAGGAAAGAGACCCUGGAAUAUGUCGUCACAUCUGGAAAAAUGAAUGGGAAGAGAGGACGGGGCAGACGGAGAAUGAAAACGACAGAUGGACUGACAUCAUGGCGACACAUGGAACGAUCAACAGUCACAGUUCAAAAAGCAAAAGACCGGAUUAGAUGGAGACAAAUGGUCGCCUACGCUGAAUGGAAUGGCACUUGAUUGAUUGACAGUAAACAAUGUGGUUUUCAUUCCUGAUUUAAAAGAACCGACAGUUUGAGCAGAACUCAGUGUUCAGGAAGUUUGUUCCACCGGUGAGGAGCAGAAUAGCUGAAGCUGCUUCUCUGGUCUUGGUUCUGGUUGUGGGAACACACCAGUGCUUUAAGUGGGCCGGUACGGGUCGGUACUCAGUUCCGGGACUUCUAAAAAUAUCCUUCGGGCGUCCUGGCACUUCUCCAAGUGUCAAGAACGUACUUUCAGCGUACCGGUACGCUGAUCAUCGCAUUUUAAUCCACCAGAACCUCGACCGCUACUUAAUUUUACUAAAACUUCAUUUCCCAUAGACCACUGCGCUCUACGAGAGAGGCGCGCAUGCGUAUUCCUCCUUUGCUUUAAAGCAGCGCGAGAUCAGAGCGCGGUAAACAAACAUGACAUGCUAGCCCGCGCUCCGCCCAACAUCGUGUGUUUAACCGCAGCUCCAAAGUUGACAAAAUGCAGUAAAACACGCUACCAUGCUGUCUUGGCUGAAAGGUUCAAAAAGAACACGGUCAGAAUCUGAGGCGGACUCGCAAACCGACACGAUACCAAGAAGCCAGGGUAGCGAUUUGAGGACCGGUGUAAAAGUUAAAAUGUGUCGUAUCCAGGCUCAGAGGCGUCAGGUGACUGCUGGAUAGCAAACAAACCCAGGUGAGCUGAGGUGGGCGGGGCUUGUUACAGCAGCUGUCAGUGGGGUGAACAGGGCAGGUACGACAGGCUGCUGGUUUGCACAGAGAAUUCAAAUCCACACCUUUAGUGCUGCUUAUGUUGGAGAAAGCAGAGCCAACAGAAGGGUUUAACUUCGUCCUUUAUGAGCUGUUUUAAACUUCAGGACUCUCAGGACUGGGAUUACACAGGACAACCAGGAUUACCGUCGCUAAUUAUGAAGUAAAGAAGACACCCAUUGGACAUAGAGAGGACAUCUGGCAUCCAUGGAGUCCAAUCUGUCCUGCCUGUCGUCCCUUAAAGACGAAGACACCGUGGUUUACAUUCAGCCACACUACAAAGAGACCUACCGCCUGGCCAUUUAUGCUCUGCUCUGCGGAGGCAAAGAGGCCUACGAGGACUUCCUCCAGGCCGAGCAGAUCAACCAUUUUCUGUCAGAGGAGGAGAUCCUGUUCAUCUUGGAACAUGCAGAGGCACCUGAAGUGGAGGACGAUUCUGAAGAGAAAAAGGUCACAGAUGAGCUCAGCCCCUCCACCUACUUCCCAACCGAGUCGGACGAGGAGGUGCCAGACCUGGACCUGGGCUGGCCAGAGGUCAUGCUGGAAGGCACAGACACCAGCAUCAGUCUGCUGUUUCAUCCUCCCAGACAAAACACACCAACCAUUAAAGAGGUGAUUCGGAAGCAGAUUCAGGAAGCACGCCAGAUUAUUGCCAUAGCGAUGGAUGUCUUCACUGACAUUGACAUUUUCAAAGAGAUCAUCAGUGCGACAGUGAGGGGAGUGGUGGUCUACAUCCUCCUGGAUGAUUCCCACAUCAAGAGCUUCCUCACCAUGUCUCACAGGGUGGGCAUUAAUAUCCUGGACCUCAAGAACCUUCGUGUUCGGACAGUUCAAGGACAGCAAUAUCAGUGUCAGUCUGGGAUGAAGUUUCAUGGAGGUUUGGAACAGAAGUUUAUUCUGGUGGACUGUCGGACAGUUUUGUAUGGAACAUACAGCUACUCGUGGUCGUUUGAGAAGAUCAACCUGAGUAUGGUCCUGGUUGUCACAGGUCAACUAGUUUGCUCCUACGAUGAGGAGUUCAGAAGACUCUACGCUCGCUCCACAGUUCCUGCAAUCCCGUCAAAGGGGACUCUAUCCAUCCCAUAUCUGAGAGACGCUGUGACUCUGCAGAGCCCAAACUCCAGCCAGCUUUCUCUCAAUCAUGUUCACAUGAGGUCGAGAGUGAUGCAUGGCAUGAGAAGUGCUCAGGAUGACAGGUUUAACAAUACCACCACGAUGACCAGGGGCCUGAGCAUGCAGGAGAGGCUGCAUCAGUCUCACUAUGCUGAUAUAGGGAACCUGGUGAGAGGACACAGUUAUGGUGGAGAGCUGCAGAAGAUAAACUCAAUGACUCGACUGAGGAUGGGAACCAAGGACAUUGGAGCUACUCCUGAGGGGAAUGGAGCUAAUCUGAGGGGUGGUGGGGAUUUUCUGCUAUCAAACAGGUUGUCUCAGCAGCACCUUAGGCAUCAGACUCUCUACGGUGCAGACCAGAAUCUGAUACCGUUCAACUCUGAAACAUCACUUCACAGGUGGAAGAUCGACACAUACCUUAAUGAGAAUGAUAUGCUUCUAGAUGCGUCAUGUGAUGCAUUAUCCCCCAUGACAUCUCCAUAUAGCAGUCACACAGGCUUAAACGAGCAUCAGUCACAGCUGAUUCACAGCAGGUCGAAGGACAUCAAGUCCAGAAUGGAAGAAAUGAGGCAAAAGAGGCUCAGUCUGCAGGAGUAUGCCAAUCUCAGGCAAAGCCAAGAGUCCUUGAGAUCUAUGUAUCCACCUCUCGACAGGCUUAAGCCUAAGUCUUCAUUGAGAGGUCUUGAUGCACGACAGAGCAUGACAGAAUUAGAGCCAAAUGCACAAGACAACUGCAACCUGGAAGAGAGUGACACCAAGAAAGAAAGUGACAAAAGAGAGCAAAUUCUUACUGAUGGCCACCGCUCUACCUCACACUACGAUAUCAAAACAGUGGCAGAUCGAAAGACAACGCAGACAUAUGACUGGCACGAGCCUCUUUCCAGGACCACAUCAGCAGCUGAUUUAGAUAUGAAACUGAAUGAUGCAACACUGAAGCUUAGUAUCCAGCACCAAAGAGCAAUGGAGUCUUUGACUGAGAUCCCUGAAGAGAAAGAGGGUUCAAACAGUCGUGUUAACAGUUCUGAAUCAGCAUUUAAAGAUGCAAAUGGGGAGAUGUGCAAAGAUGAGAAAGCUGUCCCAAAGGAAAACUCUGUUAAAUCAAGCUUACCAGCUGAUCCACAGAGUCAGGGUCAAGCCAGAGAAAGCAAUGCUCCCAUACGUAAGAUAAACAACAGCAUAGGCUCAUCUGCUCCAAAAGAAGGAAAGAAAUCAAUUUUCAGUCAAAUCGAAACCGUUCCAAAGACUUCUACAGUAUCUCAGAAUGCAAGUGAGGCUAAGAGUAAUCACACAGAAAAAGGGCAAACACAGCUAGAGGAACCACCACUUCAGAGGAAGAAUUCCCUUAGAAUGAAAGUACAGGCACUGCUUGCGUCAGAUGACAAGAAAGCUGCCAAAAAAGAGGAGAAGUCACUCCAAAGAAUGGCCUCGUUGAGAUCACAAAAUGCUUCAGGAUCUAAGGUGGACCAUGCACAGGCAGCUGCUGCAGAACAAACCAGCAAGAAAGGCCAAUCACCGAGCACCCCCAAAUCACAGAGGUCUUCCAGUGGUCCAUCAGAAACAGAGAAGCAUAAAUCUCCAUUUUCAAGACUGACUCCUCAGCGUUCAAGCAAAAGAAAGACGAACCCUGCAGCAGAGCAGGAUCAAGGCUCGAGGAGCACUCUGGAUAGCGAAGGGGUGACUGUCUAUCAAACCACUAAACAAAAAGCUUACAGUCGAUAUGAGUAUUUGCUUAGCACUGAAAAUAUUCACUUAGAUAGGUCUACAAGGAUGGCAAGUAUGUAUUCCUCAGACAAAGACAGAGGCUCUUUGGUGAACAGGCAUGACUCUGGCUAUCCAAUGUAUCAGACACAAAGUGGCAGUGACAACAAACUGGGACGAUUCAUGCAGCGAGUAGGAAAUCUAAUAGGCAAAAACAAGUAGGGCUGAAAGAAGAAAAGAAGGCCACCAUUCCCAUUAAUGAAGGCAAUGUUAAUGCAUAGUCCUUGUGUUGUUUAUUGAUAUAUUUUGGCUCCUACACACAGAUUGUAUGUUUACACCUCUGCAGUAUGCUGCAGUUAAUAAGUUUCAUAAUGUUGUUAAGACUUUUUAUUUAUCACUGAUGCCAAAACACAAAACGUUCUUCAGGGUGUAUCUAAAGUCUGGAAAUCGCAUUAACUAUAUAUUUUGUUGCCUCCACAAGUUAAAUAAGGAUUUGUUGAAAGAAGAAAGAGUUGAACUGGUACUUCUCAGUGGAUGUGAAGGCUGGACAUAUCGAAAGAUAGGGUUAGGGUUAGGGAAGUGAUUUUUUUGGGACUAGCAUGAAUUUUAGCCAUGACCAAUCCUUUAGUUUUGGCUGAUACAUUUGGUCGUCCAGAACGGAGUUUGUCCAUGACACUGCCCGUUUCUUUAUAUGUUUUAACCACCUUCGCCACCAUGGAAAAGCCAAAUGGAAUCUUCCUUGGAUGACAUGCAUAAAAUUCAUCAGUUGUCUUUCGAUACGUCCAUCAUUCACAUCCUCUGAGAAGUACCAGUUCAACUAUUUCUUCUUUCAACAAAGCCAUAUUUAAUCUGUGGAGGCAAAAUGUGCCUAUAUAUCCAGACGUUUAGGGAAACCCUGUAUGUGGGCUGUCUGUUACUUGAUCAGUUUGUAUGUAUUGCUCUGAGCUGGGUAUUACAGGGUAGCAGGGUUGAUGUGAAAAUACCAACACGUCAAGAUUAAAACAGGGUGAACAUGACGGGUGCUUCAAAACACUAAAAAAUAUUUUAUAAGUCAGAUGAAUUGUAAAAAUGACUGUUAAACAUACAAAUGUUCUAUACUUGGUGUAUUUGCUUUUGUUUUGGAAGGAUGAGUCUGGUGAGAUUCUAUAUUUUCUUGUAAAUAAAUCUCAUUUUAAAAAAAAACAGUGAUGAUCUGCUAACAAAUAUCAUGCAUGUAAGCCUGAAUUAUGUUACUGCUCUGUGCCUCACAGCUCCACUGUUUCAAUAACUACUAAAAUCACAUCAGUAAGGAACAGGACACCAUGACAUGUUCCUUUUAUAUCAUGAACACACACCCCGUAGUUUAUUUUGACUGAGAAGCAGACACACCCCCAGCUGCUAACACAGCUCACUAGAGAGCCAAGUGUGGAUUCAUCCGCUGCUGGAAAUAGUCCCUAACAAAUGCAAUGAUGUCUACUUCUUCAUGUUCCACAGGCAGAGUGCAGGAAGUCAGAAAACACAGACUUGUACAUUACUGGUUUUCCUGUUUAAUGAAUUUUGUCAACAAAAACAAAACAUAUAUAUUACCAGGCUUCAUCGCUUCUUGUACCAAUGCUUGAUAUAAUGUGUAAAUAGAAUUUUUUUUUAUACAGUUGA